GCUCACCAGAAGAGGAAUCCUUUCAAUUGUCAGUUCUAUCUAUGAUCCUCUUGGAAUUCUAAGUCCUGUGGUCUUAACUGCUAAGAAAAUCCUAAGAGAUCUAUGCCAGGAAGGAAUCGGCUGGGACGAUAAUGUACCAGAGCUGUUUUCCAAAAGGUGGUUAACAUGGCUCCAGCAGCUCCAGCUAUUGAGCAAGUUUGAAGUGAGUCUGAAACUUCAAGAUUCAAGGUUUUUGUGGCCAACAGAGUUUCACAAAUCUUAAGAGUUUCAUCUUCCUCGCAAUGGAGAUAUGUGGACACUGCCAGUAAUCCAGCAGAUAUGGCCUCAAGAGGAGUGAAAGUCGAUGUUUUUAUGAAGAAUACAAAAUGGUUGUCUGGGCCUCAGUAUCUUCUACAAUCUAGAAGUGAAUGGCCUGUCUACCCAGAUGACAUCAGUCUGCUUGCAUCUGAUGAUCCUGAGGUAAAAACAGUUGCCACAGUGAGUGUUGAGCAAGCUGGAGAAAAUUCUGUUACUCGCUUGUUUAAACAUUUUUCCACCUGGACACGUCUUAAGAAGUCAGUGGCAUGGCUGUUAAAAUUUAAGGACUUGCUUCUGUCCUUUGUGAAGAAAAGGAGAGAAUUGUGUUCAAGUUUACCACAGUCAGAGGUCACCAAAGAGCAACAGAAAUCAUUUGUGGAAGAAAAGCUGAGGAACUUUAAGAGGACAUCUGUGAUUAAGAAUCUUACAGUGGAAGAACUGGACAAAGCUGAGGUUGUCAUUAUCAAGUUCUGUCAGAGGAGGAGAUUUUCCUUGGAGCUUGUGAGUCUGGAGAAGGGACAACCCAUUAUAAAAUCAAGUCCUCUAAGAAGACUCUGCCCACAGCUGCAAGAUGGAAUUCUCAGAGUGGGUGGGAGACUCAGUAGAUCAUUGAUGCCGGUUGAGGUGAAACAUCCCAUAAUACUAGCAAAGGAUCAACACAUUUCCGAGCUCUUGCUUAGACACAUACAUCAGGAAGUUGGACAUGGUGGUCGUAACCACAUGCUGUCUAAGCUAAGAGAAAAGUACUGGUUGAUUGGAGCUAGUACAGCAAUAAGAAAAGUGUUAUCUAAAUGUGUCAUCUGUCGACGUCUUAAUGCUCCACCAGUGAAUCAACAGAUGGCGGAUUUGCCCAAUGAAAGAAUCAUUCCAGAUGAACCUCCAUUCACGCGGGUGGGAGUGGAUUACUUCGGACCCUUCAGUGUAAAAAGUAGGAGGAGCGUGGUGAAGAGAUACGGUGUUAUAUUCACCUGCCUUGCUAUCCGUGCUGUUCACAUUGAGGUUGCUCCAUCACUGGAUACUGACUCUUUCAUUAAUGCGUUCAGACGUUUCAAUGCAAGAAGAGGUCAGGUUCGAGAACUGCGUUCUGACAACGGAACCAAUUUUGUAGGUGCUGAACGUGAACUUAGAACUGCCAUUGAACAUUGGAACCAGGUAAAAAUCAAUGACGUCUUUCUGCAAAAGGGAGUUAAAUGGACCUUUAAUCCACCUGGAGGUUCACAUCACGGAGGAACCUGGGAGCGACUGAUAAGACUGGUUCGCAAAGUACUUAAUUCCAUAAUGAAAGUACAAAACCUGGAUGAAGAAGGUCUUCAUACUGUACUUUGUGAGGUUGAAGCCAUCAUUAACAGCCGCCCAAUUACCAAAGCCUCAAUGGAUCCUAACGACCUGGAAGCUUUGACCCCUAAUCAUCUUCUUCUGUUAAAGACCUCACCGAUAUUACCACCAGGAGUAUUCCAUUCCACUGAUAUGUACACACACAGAAGAUGGAAACAAGUCCAAUACAUGUCUGACUUGUUUUGGAAAAGAUGGGUGAAGGAAUACCUACUACAGCAACAGGAACGUCAGCGAUGGAUUGGAGUAAAAAGGAACCUCAUCGUGGGAGAUCUGGUUCUCAUCAUGGACAGUUCGGCACCUCGAAACUCUUGGCCAAUGGGACGUGUGAUAAAGACUUUUCCUGACCGAAGAGGAUUCGUUCGUCAAGUUCGGAUUAAAACUCAGACUAGUUGCCUGGAUCGACCUAUUACCAAACUGUGUCUACUGCUGGAGGCAGAUCACAGUUAAAGACUUCUGGGUCCAAUUAUCAGACUUUGAUUGUAUUUGGACAUAAAAUGUCUCUCAUUUUUCU